AUGAGGAGGCUAAUGUGGCUCUCUCAACUCUUUUAUUUCUUGCUGCUCAUGUUUUCUCAAUACAUUUCUUCAUCAUCAACUUCUUCUUCCUCCUUUUCUUCAGCACUAUUGUGCUCCCAACACCAGAGUUCUGCAUUGCUGCAAUUUAAGCAAUUAUUUUCUUUUUCAAAAGAGGCUUCUUCUGUUUGUGAGGAAGCUGGUUAUCGUUCCUAUCCAAAGAUGAAGUCUUGGAAGGAGGAUACUGAUUGUUGCUCAUGGGACGGGGUUAGGUGUGAUAGAACAAAGGGAGAUGUGAUUGGCCUUGACCUCAGUUGUAGCUGGCUUUAUGGCACCGUACCUACCAAAAGUUCUCUAUUUCAUCUUCCUCACUUGCAACAUCUCAACCUCGCUUGCAACUACUUCAAUCAUUCGCCAAUUUCAUCUAGGUUUGGCCAAUUUGUAAGGUUGAGAUAUCUUAACCUUUCUUACUCCAUGUUUUCUGGCCAAGUCCUGUCUGAAUUACCAGACCUCUCCGAAUUGGCCUCACUGGAUCUUUCUGGCUAUGGAAAUGUUAGCCUUGAAACAUCUGUUGUGAAGAGGCCUGUUCAAAAUCUGACCAAGCAAAGGGAACUUCAUCUUGAUCAUGUUAACAUGUCUUCUGUUUCAUUGAGUUCUUUAAUGAAUCUGUCUUCCACUUUGACAUCCCUUAAACUUAACAGUUGUUUCUUGCGUGGGAGGCUACUUGGUCACAUUUUCUGCCUACCAAACCUGCAAGAGCUCAGUUUAGCGCAUAAUCCUGAACUCACAUGGUUUUUUCCAACGGUAAAUUCAAGCAACGCCUUGAGGGUUUUGGAUCUCUCUUACACAAAUUACUUGGGAGAAUUACCCAAAUCAGUUGGCAAGCUUACAUUUUUAAGUCAUUUGAUCAUGAGUGGUUGCAAUUUUAGUGAGCCGAUUCCUACCUGGCUUGGUAACCUUACACAACUCACCAUCUUGAAUUUAUCAGCUAACAAUUUUGGUGGUCAGAUGCCGUCAUCCCUUUCAAAUCUCAAGGAACUCUCCUCCUUGGAUCUACGAGCCAAUAAUCUUAGUGGAACAUUACCAAUGUGGCUUGGGAACCUCACGAGACUUACUAAAAUUUUACUUGGAACUAACAGCUUCACUGGCCAACUCCCAUCAUCACUUUCAAACAUAAAGGUUCUCACUUUUGUUGGCCUUAGAUAUAACAACUUUGGAGGUAGGAUUCCUGAUUUUUUGACCAACCUCACAAAACUCACCUCAGUUUUUUUGUCUUUUAACCAACUCACUAGUCAAUUUGGUGAAUUUCAAUUUAGCAAUUCACUAGAGGUUCUAGAAUUAGAUCAUAACAGGCUCUAUGGCUCUAUUCCCAAGUCUAUCUCUAAUCUUACAAAUCUUAACAAUCUUGAUCUUUCAUCAAAUGAAUUGACUAGCAUUGUGGACCUUGAUAUGUUCAAAAAUCUCAAAAAGCUUAAAACUGUUGACUUUUCUUCUAAUCUACUACAUGGAAAGCUUCCUGCUGUACCAUCUUCCGUGAAUACCUUUUUUAUGUAUAGAAAUAGAUUUAGUGGAGAGAUCCCAUAUACGACUCGCAAUGCAACUUUCCUCACAAUCCUUGUGAUCAGUAAAAACAAUUUGCGAGGUACAGUCCCAUCAUGUUUGGGAAACAUCAGUAAUUUUCUCUCAGUAAUGGAUUUGCGAGGGAAUCACUUCCAUGGCACCAUUCCUGACACAUUUGCAAAAGGUAACAGGUUGAGAGCUCUUGGCUUGAAUGAUAAUUACUUAGAAGGCACAUUACCAAAAUCUUUGGUCAACUGUAUAAAUUUGGAGCUUCUAAACCUGGCAGAAAACAUGAUAAAUGAUUCAUUCCCUUAUUGGUUGGCAGCUCUUCCAAAGUUACAAGUUCUUAUCUUGAGGGCCAACAAAUUUUAUGGUCCCAUUGGAAACCAUAAGACUGGUGGGAUGUUUUUUACUAAACUUCGGAUUCUUGACCUCUCUCACAAUGAUUUUAUUGGUAGUUUACCUACUCAAUUUUUUGAACAGUAG